CUGGGUUAAUUCUGAUCAUCACUCGCACAAAGACAGAAUACUUUUUACGUGUAACAACACCGACAGCAAUAUUAGGUUGAAUUGCACCACGGUCCGAAUAGUAGAGAAUAAGCUCUUCUCUUCUCUUCUCCUUCCUGUCCUCUGCAGUACGGCUGAGCCUUGAACGCAGGCGCUGGCGCCCUGCCCCGCACCGCCUCUGCCCAGGUGCCGUCAUUCUCCUCCCACCGCUCGUCGACGCGAUACUAGGUGACCCGCUUGGAGGGGAGGCUGCUGCAGUGUCCCUGCGUUCUUCCCGCUCCUUCCUUCCUCUCUCGUUCCCGCUAUGCGUGCUGCCGGUCCCCGGUCUUCCGAACGAGGCCCCCGAACGACGCCUGCUUGUCCAGGGAUGCUGCUGCUCGUCUUGUCCGGACUCCUCCUGCUGCUGCUGCCGCCUUCCGUCGCGGCUCAGAACGAGCCCAGAAUCAAUGCUUCAGAUCACGUGGUGCUGCCUGCUGACUUGCACAGUCCCCCCAUCACACUACAGUGCAAUCUGACCAGUGCUUCCAGUGUUCAUCAGGAGAGCUUCUGGAUGAAGAAUGGCGAGGAAAUACCGGAGACCCGCACAAAAUCCAGAGACACAGAGUACAAGUUGAGCAAGCCAAGGGCGGAUGAUGCUGGAGAAUACAUGUGCGUUUACACCUUUGAUAUGGCACCCAAUGCUAAUGCCACCAUUGAGGUGAAAGCGGCUCCUGACAUCAUUGGUCACAAGCGAAGUGACAAUAAGAAUGAGGGGCAGAGCGCAUUGCUUUACUGCAAGUCUGUGGGCUACCCCCAUCCCAUCUGGACAUGGCGCAAGCUAGAGGGAGCCGUGUAUGUGGAAAUUCAUAACUCUUCUGGACGCUAUUUCAUUAACAACAAGGACAACUACACAGAGCUGCAAAUCGUGCAACUGGACAUUAACACAGAUCCGGGCGAGUACCAGUGCAAUGCCACGAACAUCAUUGGUACUGCUUCAGUGUCCUCCAUCUUGCGGGUCCGCAGCCACCUUGCACCACUCUGGCCCUUCCUAGGUGUGCUGGCCGAGAUAAUAAUCCUGGUGGUCAUCAUCAUGGUGUAUGAAAAACGAAAGCGGCCGGAUGAGGUACCCGAUGAUGAUGAACCAGCUGGACCAAUGAAAACCAAUUCCACAAACAACCACAAGGAUAAAAACCUUCGCCAGAGAACCACAAACUAAGGUUGUCUCUGCUGAAUGACCAAACACAUUUCUUGACUACAUGAAGGUAACUGAGGAAGGUUUGGCAGACUACUUUCUGAAGUACAUCUGUUCUAUCCAGGAGUCCUAUACAGCAUCCAAACUAUGACAGAGGACAACAAAGUGGCACUUUUAAGCAUGCCUUGUUCAGUCUUACAUGAAAAAGCAGGAAUGGAGAUGACU